UGUUGAUUAAUUUUAUUUUUUUUAUAUAAUUUAUCAUAUAAUAAAGAUUCUAACAUAUUUUACAUGUAAUUCGAAUCGAUUACUUCCUGUUUAGUGCAAUCAUCUCGUUUUUCAUAACACUUUUUAAAAAUAGUAAAAGACUCGUACAUUCUUUUCAAAUCUAUUUCAUCUUCAUUGAAUGUUUUUGGUAAAUAGGAGACAUAGUCGUCUUUCGUGUCCAUUGAUAAAAUAUUAUGAUUCUUUUCACUAUCCUCUCUGUUUGACCAUUCAAUAAAAACAAAAACAAUUACUUGAGCCAUUUAACCGUUUAAAUGCGGCGAAGCGCUAUCGCGCUUCUCUUGUCUUGUGCCAAAAAUGCGUAGAAGUGCGAUGGCGUUGCUGUUUGUUAAUAUAAUUUUCACAUUAAUUGAGGGCAUUUGUAUUCAUAUCAAUUAUGGUUUUUAUUAAUAUCAUUCAAUUGUGAUUUAAAUAUGAUAAAAAUUAAUCUCUUAGGCACGAUGCGCUACUAUAGUGGAUCACUCUAAUGAGUCAACGUUUGAAUUAAAUGAUCGUUUCAUAUGUUGUAUUUCACACUUCUUUUGUCUUUACAACGCGUUGUAGCACUGUUAACAGUAUACGGAGAGAAUAUACAGUUUUUGUUUUGUCCGCCAGUAUACACACCAUGUCAAAGUCUGAUUUAUCUGAAAGUGACUAUGAAAUGAGCACUGACGAUACAGUGUGUAGUAAUGACUUUGAAAGUGAUAGUGGAAGUGAUAUCAUCAUCCCUCGUAAGAGAUUACGAGUAAUUAGUGAAAGCAAUGAUGAUGAUAAACUAACUGCAAAAGAAAUUUGAAGCGAUGUUCACGCGCGAAAUCAUGGGUACCAGUAACUUCUGCAGAAAUGAAAGCAUUUGUUGCGGUUCUAUUAGAAAUGGGCAUCACCAAACGUCCAUCAAUAAACUCCUAUUGGAGUAAAGGUUUAAGAAACAUCCCGUGGUUUGGAAAAAUGUUUGCUAGGGAUAGGUUUCAAUUGAUUUUGAAGUUUUUCCAUCUGAUAGACAAUAGCAAUUUGGCAUCAUCAGAAAAUUCAGAUUACGAUUCGUGCGAUAAAUUCAAUUUCUUGGUGGAUUACGCCAACAAAAUUUUUCAGGAACAAUAUACGCCACACCGCCAGUUGAGUAUAGACGAAUCGUCAGUUGGUACUCAUUGUCACUCUAUUACAAAGCAGUAUAUUCCUAACAAAAAACACCAUAAAUGGGGAAUCAACUUCUGGAUGAUUUGCGAUUCUAUUUCAAACUAUUGUUUGGGAUUUUAUUGUUAUCAAGGUGCGAAGUCAAGCGACGAUAAAGAAGAAAUAAAAAAGAAUGGUCUCGGAUAUGUAGUGAUUGAAAAAUUGCUAGCACUAGGAAAUUACAUGAAUAAAGGAUACCAUUUAUUCAUAGAUAAUUUUUUCACAAGCAUUCUCCUUGCAAAAGCACUGUUACGGAAAAAUACAUAUCUAACUGGCACCAUUAGGAGAACUAGAAAACAUAUCCCGAAUGAGGCAAAAUUUGCACAAGUUGGUCAACCAAAAUAUUUCAAAAGUAACAAAAUACUUAUGUGCUCUUACCGAGACAAAAAAUCUAAAAAAAAUCCUGUCAUACUGAUCUCUACAAACAGUACAACAGAAAACAUAACUGUUACAAAGAAGAAAAAAAAUGAACAAUAUGUAAAGGAAAAACCAACUAUUAUUCACAAUUAUCACAAGUUUAUACAUGGGGUUGAUGAAUCCGACAAAAUAUUAUAUACAUAUCUCGAUGAAAGACGAACUCUCAAAUACUGGAAAAAAGUUGUUUUUAACAUUUUUGUCAGAAUGGUGCUAAACGCUUAUAUAAUAUAUUCGGAAAAUUGUCUUGGUAAAAAAUUAACUAGACUGCAAUUUACAUCGAGCAUUAUUGAUGCUAUAGAGAAGGAAUGGUUAGCAAUCAAAAAUACCACAGGAUUAUCAAUAAGCAAGAAGUUUUCUUUAGAAAAAUUGCCUGGGCGAAAUUUGCGACAGUGUGAAGUAUGCAGCAAGAAAAAUGGUAAUGGAAUUAAACGUUCCAACUUAAUUUGCGCUGUAUGUAAAAAAGGAAUCCAUGGAAUUUGUGCAGCAAAACACCUUUGUAAUAACUGAGAAUAAAAAAUAUUUUUUGUGAUAAAAAUCACUUUUUAUAUGAUAAUUAAUGUUAAUUAUAACCGUUUC